AUGGCUGAGCGUCGCCGGAUUCCCAGGUUUCUGUGGCCGCAUGAGUACUACGCCGUACCUCGACCACGGACGCCGGAGUGUGUCGAAGGGCCACGAGUGGUUCCCGCCGCCGGAAAGAAGAAGAGCGUCACCGCCCUCCUUGCAGCUUUGUCCCUCGAAACCGCAGUCGCCACUACGUCGGCCGCCCCGCCUGCAGCCGCCGGUCCGCCCUCCGUUCCGGCCGCAAUCGUCGCUGUGUCUUCCUUCCCGUCUGCAGCCGCCGCCGAUCAGAGCCCCGUGGCUAUUGGCUGCGCCGCCGGUCCCCUCGGUCGCUCCGCAACGGCCGCCGAGCAGCCCGGGUCAUCCUCCCGUUUCGGUCGGGAGGUUGAAGACGAGUGGGAAACCCUAAAGGUUUCCGCCGCCGACGCCAUUGCCGCCGCCUCUGCCGUGCCGUCUCUGCCGCCGACGCCUUCUCCUCCGUCAACCGAGCCCGCGCCGUCCCUGCGCCCAUGCCGUCCGUGCCGCUCCGCCUUCGCCGCCGAGAGCUCCUCCGCCCGUGUCGCUCCGCCUCCUCCGGCCUUGCCGCCUCCGCCCGUGCCGCUUCCUGCCGCCGCCGAGAUCCACCGUAUCACCUGCGGCCAACUGACUGCAGGGCCCGCCACUGCUUCAAGGAUCAACUCACAAGCCUCCCUCAUUUACAGGCCCGCUAGCCACACCACACAGUACACCCCAUAG